GUAAAAUCUGGGAUGAAGAAGACAAGACAGGUCAAACCUCUUUCACAAAGCAGGCAACAACAUAGCGGCCGAAGCCAAAACAUUCUUUCAACUCUGUUAAAAGUUCAAAAAAUAAAACAGGUCGGAAAAAUAUCAGCUAUUGCCAAAGACUGAGAGCGAAAAUCUAUGAAUUCCCUGCUCAAGUUUCGAAGGCCUUUAAGUUCUUCUCUCACUUCACUAUCUUUGCAGCGCCUCUCUACAACUCUCCACUAUGCUUUCGAAGAGAAAAAGGAGGGGACGAGCUUUAUACACCCCACUGCAAUUGUUCAUCCCAAUGCUGUGAUUGGCCAGGGUGUUUCAGUAGGUCCUUUAUGUACAAUUGGUCCUUCGGCAAAACUAGGAAAUGGGUGUCAAAUGCAUCCUUCCAGCCAUAUUUUUGGGAAUACAGAAUUGGGGAGCCACUGCGUUUUGAUGACUGGUGCGGUGGUUGGUGAUGAUCUUCCUGGGCAUACUGUAAUAGGAUGCAAUAACAUCAUCGGGCAUCAUGCCGUGGUUGGUAUUAAAUGCCAAGACAUGAAGUACAAGUUAGGGGAUGAAUGUUUUCUUGAUGUUGGGGACAACAAUGAGAUCAGAGAAUUUACUUCAAUCCACCGAUCUUCAAAGUCACGUGAUGGAACGGUUAUUGGUGAUAACAAUCUCAUCAUGGGGUCUUGUCAUAUUGCACAUGACUGCAAAAUUGGUAACAAUAAUAUAUUUGCUAAUACCACUCUCCUGGCAGGACAUGUCAUCGUGGAGGACUAUGUGCACACUGGAGGAGCUACUGUUGUUCAUCAAUUUUGUUAUAUUGGCUCAUUUUCUUUCAUCGGUGGUGGAUCAGUGGUUUCGCAAGAUGUCCCAAAGUACAUGAUGGUUUCUGGAGAUAGAGCUGAGCUUCGUGGUUUGAAUUUUGAGGGUCUUCGGCGUUGUGGAUUCCAAGUCACAGAGAUUAAGAGUUUGAGAACAGCUUAUAGAAAAAUUUUCAUGCCCAGCAACACAAAUUCUAUGGGUUUCGAUGAGCGUCUUUCUGAAGUGGAACAUAAUGAAGAUUUGGGCAGCGUUCCUGCUGUAUGUUCCAUGCUCCAGUCCAUUCGUGAUUCUUUUACUGAAAAUCGUCGUGGAAUAUGCAAAUUCAGACAAUGGAGCAGUUCUUGAAAGCAUUGCUGGAAUCUUUUAUAUGACAACUUUAGCAUUUUCAAGCUUUGUACUCUGUGGCAUGUACCAGCGUGAGCCAAUCCAAGAAGCUUUAGCUUGUUUCAUAAAGGUUCGAUUUGUAGUUAUCUGAUAUAUAAAAUAUGUAUACAAAUAUUGAUUGAGGCUGCUAUUGGUUUAACCUAUGUUACCCGGACUGGGGAGCGAGUGGCAUAUACAAAUGUGUCCAACACAUGUAUACUCAACUCUUUAUCAAGUAUUUUCAUAUUUGUAGAGGAUCGUCACCUCUUACUCAUGUCUGAAUGUGUUGGACAUGAGUACUACAAGGGAAAUGAAGACUCCAGGUGAGAUGAGGUUUAAUCGCAUUCAACACAUUUGUCUGUCUAUUGGCUGAUACAAUCCUUAUUCUUAUCAAGCAGAGAUUUGAGAAACCAUACUAUGUAGAUUUUGGAAAUUUUCUCGGUUUGUAGUUUAUGUACUAUAUGGCCAAAGUUGCCUGGUUUAUGCUUGAUAAGUUUGCUCGUUUCAUGUCACCUUUAUUUCUUUGUUAUUUUAAACAUAGAUGUAUGGUUUUGUGUAGAUGGACGAAGAGGCUUCAGCAUAUUCUGACAUUGUUAUAUUCAUGUAUUCUAUGCAGUUGGGUUUGUGGAUAAAUUAUUCAAAGCAAUUCGUUAAAAUGCUUA